AUGGACGCGUUCACGAAUCUAGGAAACCACAUGGUUUCCGACUCUGCCUCAACAAUCAAUGCAGAUGAUGGCUUUUCUAUGGUUGAUCCAGAUGAAAACCUCUUAAGCCUCGCCGGCGGUGCCCGCCGCAGGAGACACGACGACGAAGACGACGGCUCGGAUGGUUUUGAUGAUGAUGAACUGGAGAGUCUCGCAAGCGUACCAGUUGAUGGCCGAUUACAGAAACAGAAGUUUGAAGAAGAGAAGGAGUUACCUCCUCAUGCCUGCGCGUAUUGUGGCAUACACAACCCCAGCAGCGUUGUGAAAUGUCUAUCUUGCAGCAAAUGGUUUUGCAGUGCACGUGGCAACACCUCCUCUUCGCAUAUUGUAAACCAUCUUGUCCGCGCACGGCACAAGGAAGUGCAACUACACCCAAGCUCAUCCCUUGGAGAUACCAUUCUUGAGUGCUAUAACUGCGGAACGAAGAACGUCUUCCUUCUCGGUUUCAUCCCCGCCAAAUCAGACACAGUCGUCGUCCUUUUGUGCCGUCAACCAUGUGCCGCUAUGCCGUCUUCCAAAGACAUGAACUGGGAUACUUCGCGCUGGCAGCCACUUAUCGAAGACCGUUCAUUUUUGCCAUGGCUAGUAGCGACGCCAUCCGAUCAAGAACAACUCCGAGCACGUCAUCUAAGCCCACAAAUGAUUGCAAAACUGGAGGAGAUGUGGAAAGACAAUUCGACCGCCACUGUUGCUGACUUGGAGAAGGCAAACAGCGUUGAUGACGAGCCGGCUGCUGUUCUACUACGCUACGACGACGCAUACCAAUAUCAGAACGUAUUUGGUCCCUUGGUAAAGAUAGAAGCAGAUUACGACCGCAAGUUGAAGGAAUCGCAGUCUCAAGACGGAUUGAUUGUCCGAUGGGAUCUGGGUCUUAAUAACAAACACUUAGCCAGCUUUGUACUUCCCAAGCUCGAACUAGGAGACGUCAAGUUGGCGGUUGGUGACGAAAUGCGCUUGAAGUACACCGGGGAAUUGCGUCCCAAAUGGGAAGGCGUCGGCUAUGUUAUCAAGAUCCCUAACAAUCAGUCGGAUGAAGUCACAAUAGAGUUGCGCGCGAAGGGCGAUCACAAAUCUGUUCCUACGGAAUGCACACACAACUUCACCGCAGACUAUGUCUGGAAGGCGACUUCAUUUGAUCGUAUGCAAUACGCCAUGAAGAAUUUUGCUGUCGAUGAAAUGAGCCUCUCGGGUUAUCUUUAUCACCGUCUUCUGGGUCACGAAGUGGCUGCGGCGCCGAUGAAGACUCAGAUGCCAAAGAAAUUCAGCGUGCCUGGCCUUCCUGAACUGAACGGCAGUCAGAUCAAUGCGGUAAAAAGCGUCUUACAGAAACCUCUAAGCUUGAUUCAAGGACCGCCAGGAACCGGUAAAACAGUCACAUCAGCCACCAUUAUCUAUCACCUUGCGAAGAUCAACGGAGGUCAGGUCUUGGUUUGCGCACCCUCAAACGUCGCUGUUGAUCAGCUUUGUGAGCGCAUCCAUCGCACAGGCCUCAAGACUGUCCGUGUCACUGCUAAGUCUCGCGAAGAUGUGGAGUCUCCUGUACGAUUCUUGUCGUUGCAUGAACAAGUUCGAAUGAACGAUAGCAACAUUGAACUCAUCAAGCUUAAUCAACUGAAGUCAGAGCUAGGUGAAUUGUCCAGCCAAGAUGAGAAGAAAUUUAAGCAGCUUACUCGCGCUGCUGAGCGAGAAAUCCUCACCAACGCCGACGUCAUCUGCUGCACAUGUGUUGGUGCUGGAGAUCCACGGUUGGCCAAAUUCAAGUUCCGAACGGUUCUUAUUGACGAAUCCACUCAAUCUGCAGAGCCUGAGUGCAUGAUUCCUCUAGUACUUGGCUGCAAGCAGGUCGUCCUUGUUGGUGACCAUCAACAAUUGGGCCCUGUCAUCAUGAACAAAAAAGCUGCAAAAGCAGGUCUUAAUCAGUCUCUUUUCGAGCGUCUUGUCAUUCUUGGUUGCUCGCCUAUUCGUUUGAACGUGCAAUAUCGAAUGCAUCCUUGCUUAUCCGAGUUUCCUUCCAACAUGUUCUACGAAGGAUCUUUGCAGAAUGGCGUGUCUAUGGCACUACGCCUCCGCCGUGAGGUUGACUUCCCUUGGCCUGUGGCGGAGAAUCCCAUGAUGUUCUGGUCUAAUCUUGGCAACGAGGAGAUUUCUGCAUCGGGAACUUCCUACCUCAAUCGUACGGAGGCUGCCAAUGUGGAAAAGAUUGUGACACGAUUCUUCAAGGCAGGCGUGCAACCACAAGAAAUUGGUAUCAUCACCCCUUACGAAGGUCAACGCAGCUACGUAGUUUCUUCAAUGCAGGCAAACGGCACUUUCAAGAAGGAGAACUACAAGGAGAUUGAAGUUGCGUCGGUCGAUGCAUUCCAAGGACGAGAAAAGGAUUUCAUUGUCGUUUCUUGUGUUCGAUCCAACGACCAUCAAGGCAUUGGUUUCUUGAGCGAUCCUCGUCGUCUCAACGUCGCUCUCACUCGUGCCAAAUACGGCGUGGUGAUUCUAGGCAACCCGAAGGUCCUAUCCAAGCAUCCUCUUUGGAACUAUCUACUCCUCCAUUUCAAGGAACGCAAGUGCUUGGUCGAGGGUCCCUUGUCGAAUCUGCAGGAAUCUCUCGUUCAAUUCAGCCGUCCUAAACAGGCUUACCGUGGACCUCAAAGAUUCCAGAUGGCCUACAACCACGCAUCAAGUAUGGCAAGCGGCAUGACGACCAAUGGCAGAAAUGGACACCACCGACCGCCUGAAUACCACGACACGGGCUCUGUGAUUGGAUAUAUCCCCGACGACGUAUCUUCAGUGCAUUCCUCUGCCAUUGGCGGUGGCGGAGUAGGCAUUCCUUCAGGCUAUCCACCCAUGUUUCAAAACUUCGCAGAAGCAUGGCCAUCUCUACAAGGCGGGGCCCGUAGAGGAGCCAAUGGAGCUCGGAACAAGGGCGCACCAAGUGUUGCCGGCGAAUCAGUCGCAGCCACAGAGUCGGAUAUGACGAGCAGCGUGAUAGACGGCAAGGGUAGCGUUGGCCAAGGUGGAGUCAGUCUAGCAGGUCUGAGCAUCAACGACAUGACGAAGCAAACCAGUCUUAGUCAGUCUGACAGACUGAAGCGGUACGUUGAGUCCGGGGGAUACAAAUCGAACGUCAACGACAGCGCAAGCAUUUUUGGUGGCAGCAGCACGGCUAGCAUCCGUGUACCCCGUGGACCUGGACAUGUUCAUCAAGACGACGAUGACGCUCGCAGCGUUUCUACAGCAUUUGCCAGUCAGAUUGGUGGCAAUUAUGACUGA